AUGCUCCUUGGUCCGCACAUGGGAGCGGCCAAUCGAUUCGAUAACGCCGACUCAGAGUGCGAUGGACACGGACACAAAGGAUAUUCCGCAAGUUGUUCCUGCUUAAUUUAUUUCGCGUUUUCAGAACAGCAAAGUAACGAAAUACCUGAUGCUGGUGACAACUUCCCGAUCACAUUAGUAGAACCGGAAGUCACCCCACAGCAUCCGGAUCCUGGAAAUGUAGCCCAGGAGGAUACCUCUUCUAUCGAAGGUAGUAUCCCGCUGGAAGCGGUACCGAGUAUGGAUGUUACACCAGUGGAGACUGAAGGAAAUGAUACUCUCAGUGAGGUGGAAUCUGAGCACAAAACUCCUUUGCGAAAAAGUGUCGAUUCUGAUCCUGGAGACUUUGUUAAGAUUGACGAUGCAGAUAACGGGAACUCUGAUGAGCAUAAUGCUGGUGCUUUAAAGGCUAAGGUUGAGGAGGCAGAUGGUGGGAGGUCAGAUGGCCAAAAUGCUGGCGUCGUUGAGAGCAAGGAUGUUCCGACUGCAGUCGUGAACCCGCUUGCGCAAGAAGAGGAAAAGAAAGGUGCUGAGGUAGAGAGUGGUAAAGUUGAAUCGUCUCAGGAAACAUUGGAAAAGAAAUCUGCGCAAAAAUCUCCAUACGAGAACUUCCUACAGUGGAUGGAGAAGAAUCCAGCCGCGGUGAGUUUCUUGAAUCUAGUAAUGACUCCAAAGGGUUGGCAAAUAUUAGGUUGUCUUAAAGCCCUUACCGAUAUCCCACUCUCAUAG